CUACUCUCUCCUUAACCAGUGCUUCUACUAGCCAUUGCCAUCGCACUCCGUUACGUCCGCGGUUCAUUGCCAACCCUGCCUAAUUCCUCCGUCAGGAAAAUCCUCGCAUACAAUCGCCCCUCGGGGCUUGCCAGCUCCGCCAGCUACUGUAGUAGCAAACAGGAAUGGCUCCUCCCCAACGAAACCUACUUCCCAAGGAACGAUUUGCGUUCGCCUUCGGGUCCCUUAAGACUCAAAGCUAUCAUGAUCCGAUAGCGCGCGGACCUGGCUCUCAUACAAUUCGCACAAUCGCAUGGAAUCCUAGCGGCCAAUUAAUUGCUACCGGUUCCGCUGACCGUACCCUUCGAAUCUGGAAUCCGGAACGCUCGCAAGUAAAAUACUCCACGGACCUACGCGGUCACACUGCGGGGAUUGAGAAGGUCCUUUUCAACCCCGUGCGCGAUUCAGAACUCGCCAGCUGCUCGACCGAUGGCUCCGUCCGAAUCUGGGACGUACGUUCGAAGACGUGCGUGAGUCGCCUAGAUGUUGGCGGCGAGGCUUUCACUCUCUCCUGGUCAGCGGAUGGAAGCGUCUUGAUCGUAGGAAGAAAGGAUGAUACUCUUAUACCCAUAUCCGUCGAAUCGCCCUCUACCCCGUCUAUACUUAACAGCGGUAUGCCCACAGUCCCUAGCCUACAAGCACCCAAACCCGCCGCAAUCCCAGCAACAUACAAGGUCCUUGAGCCACAUCCACAACCUAUCCAAACAAACGCAACAACCUUCUCACACCAUAUCCCUGCGCCUUCCUCCCCGGAUCUCCAUCUCUUCGCAACAACCGGCGAAGGCAACGUCAAAAUCAUAUCGUACCCAUCCUUCGAGGUCCUCCACACCCUCCACGCACACACCUCAGCGUGUCUCUCUAUAUCCCUAGCACCCACAGGCCGCUACCUCGCUGUCGGCGGCAGCGACGCCCUGAUCUCCCUCUGGGACACCACGGACUGGAUCUGCCGACGAACAGUGUCUAGUAACAAUGGUGGCGCUGUACGAGGUGUAAGCUGGAGCUUCGACGGCAGAUUCAUCUGCGGCGCUUGCGACGAGGUCGGUUGCGGUGGCAACGGAAUUGAGAUCUUCCACGCGGAAACGGGCGAAAGUGUUUAUACUGUGCCUACAGGCGGGGGUUCGAAUACGGGUAUCCCGGCCGUGGCGUGGCAUCCAUCGCGAUACUGGUUGGCGUAUUCGACUACGGCGGAUGGUUCUGCUCCAGGAGGAUUAAGGAUUGUAGGAGCAGCGGGUGGAAGCUUAUAGUGUUGGUUGGUUGGUUGGUUGGUUGGUUAGUCGGUAGGACCCCAGUGUGAUUCUUUUUUUUUUUUUUCUCAAGUUCUGUUUGGAUAUGAUAUCCUGCGGCUGUAUUUGAUAGCCAUUCAUCAUGGACGUUAUGGCAUAUGUUACUCUCAAAGGAGAAGGGGGGUUGCGGUUCUAUGAGGCAGGACUAGAUACCUAUCUCCUAAUAUACGCCGGGUUGGCCAGCUAGUUUUAGCUAAUUCUUAAAAGAUCAAGUUACCAAAAGAUCUAGAAGGGACGAUCCGUUCAUAUUUUAUAUAAAUUUACAACCAAAACC